UGACAGCACUUCCUCAAAUGCCCCGAGUAGCGCCCGGGGAGCGGCCCCGGGCUGGGCUGGCGGCCCCCGGGCUGGGCAGGGGACAGGGGGGCACCAGAGCGGGCACCAGCGGAGAGCACGGCUGGGCAAGCCAGGGCUGGGCAGGAAAGCAGGGCAGGAAAGGACUUUUAUGGGGUUUUUGCUGCUCUCAGAGGCAGGAAGCUCGCUGGCAAACCAAGCCUCGCCGAGCCGCUGCUCUUGGUGGGGGGACCCCCACGGGACCGUCAGGGCUUGGUUCCAGCCCCUCUCCUAAACGAGCUCACCUUGAGGAAAGAGAAAAAAAAGAACUUUGCUGAUCCAGCAUGUCCCUCAAGCUGCCACGGAACUGGGAUUUCAACCUGAAGAUGGACGCUGCAAAAAUAGCGCGCUCCCGCAGUGUGAUGACCGCGGAUCCCGCAGCGCUGCCGCGGCCGGACAAGCUGGGCUGGCUGCGCAAGCAGCGCUCCAUCGUUAGGAACUGGCAGCUGCGCUUCUUCGUGCUGCGCGGGCAGCAGCUGCUCUACUACAAGGACGAGGACGAGGCCAAGCCGCAGGGCUGCCUGGCUCUCCAGGGGAGCUCCAUCAACGUGCUGGCCACCAACCCCGAGGAAGGAGGGAAAUUCAUCUUUGAGAUCAUCCCAGGAGUGGCCGGCGAGCAGCCGCGGGCGGGGCAGGAGCCCUGCGUGCUCAUGGCCAGCUCGCAGGCGGAGCUGGAGGAGUGGGUGAAAUCCCUGCGGAGGGCGCUGGGCUCGGCCUCGGGAGGGGUGUUCGGGCAGUGCCUGGCACAGACCAUGGCCCAGGAGCAGAGGUUUGGGCAGCACCUGGUGCCCUUGGUGGUGCAGAAGAGCGCCGAGUUCAUCCUGGAGCACGGCGUGGCCGAGGAGGGAAUCUUCCGCCUGCCCGGCCAGGACAGCCUGGUCCGGCAGCUCCGCGAUGCCUUCGACGCCGGGGAGAGACCCUCCUUCAGCAGGGACACCGAUGUCCACACCGUGGCCUCCCUGCUCAAGCUGUACCUGCGGGAGCUGCCGGAGCCCGUGGUGCCCUGGCUGCAGUACGAGGAUUUCCUGCUCUGUGGGCAGGCUCUGGAGGCUGACGAGACAAAGGGCCACCAGGAGCUCCUGAAGCAGCUGUCCCUCCUCCCCAGAGACAACUACAACCUCCUGAGCUACAUCUGCAGGUUUCUCUAUGAAAUCCAACUGAGCUCCAGCGUCAACAAGAUGAGUGUGGACAACCUGGCCACAGUGAUGGGGGUGAACCUGAUCAGGCCCAGGGUGGAGGACCCUGCAGUCAUCAUGAGAGGCACGCCCCAGGUGCAGAAGGUGAUGACAGUGAUGAUCAGUGACCACCAGAAGCUCUUCCCCCCCUCCAAGGACGUGCCUCCCUCCCCGCCUGCCCCCAAAAACGAGAAGAAAGCUCCUGUCCCUCGCAGCUCCGUGGGCUGGGGGGCUGCAGAGGACCCCCGGGGCUCCACCCCGAGGCAGAUGAGGGAUCACCCCAAUUUCAGCAGCAGCCCUGGCCCAGCUGCCACCUCGAGCGUCCCUGGGGAGGACCCAGAGCCCACAGCCACGCUGGGAACAUGGAAAACUCAGCCAAGGAAAAGAACCCAGACUUUACCCAGCAGGAAAUCCUUCCUGGCAGCCCCGGGGGACAAGGGCAGGAGUGAUGUCCUCACCAGUGACUUCUGGAAGAGCACCACGCCCCUGGCCAGCGAGGGACACAAGAGAACAUUGUCCCACGAUCUCUUUAAGCUGCUGGACCUGCACAGGGCUGCAAGCUGUGACAGCAACGUGGCAGAGAGCGGGGAGGGCAGCGGCUCCAGCCCCAGCCCUGCCAGCAGCGCCUCUGAGAAGGAAUUCCUGCCCUGCUUCAGCCCCUGCCACGAGCCAAAGGAGCCUGGCAGCCCCAGCAGCAGCCCUGCUGAGGAGCCCAGAGCUGAGCAGGACAGCAGGGAGUUCCUGCAGGGCCUCAUCCACAAGCUGGAGAAGGAUUUGGAGGAGCAGAGGAGUGACUACGAGGGGCAGGUGGAAAGCCUCCAGAAGGAAAACUACGAGGUGUGGGCCAGGGUGGUGAGGCUGAACCAGGAGCUGGAGCAGGAGAAGAAGAGGAGUGGGGAGCUGGAGCUGAGGCUGAAGAACGCAGAGCGCUCGCGGGAGGAGCUGGAGAAGAAAACCAGGAUGCUCGAGGAGGAGACAAAAAACUUAACUAAAGCCACGAGUCAAACUGGUGCCAAAACCAACUAGGAGAAGACACCCAGCUUUUCACAGACACCAAAUGCAGCUGCAGGAAUGCUCAGGAAUUGCAGGUUCAGAGCCAGGGACUUGUAUUGUGCAGGGUCCUGCUCCUGCCCACAGGCCAGGGGGGAGGAAGGAGAGCAGAGCUCAGAGGCUGGUUCAUGCUCUGAACCAAGAAAUGUCAGAAAUAUCCUUUAGCUUCUUUUGGGUGUGUUUAUUUCAACUUUUCUGUCAGCU